UCGUGCCAUUAUCUCCCCUGUAGAGUAUCGAUUAGGCGAAUUCAUUCGUCGCCGCGCGGGGAGAAGGCGAAGAGGCGGAGGAUGCACAGCGAUGCUAGGCACUCGCCUGCAGUCUAGAACCGUCGCCGGACGCCUUGCCACGGGCACUGACCAGCCUUUCGAUCUGCCCUCGUCCCGUCGCUUCUUACUGCCUGCCACAGAUUAGGUAAAAUGGCCGGCCGCCGCCGCCGCCGCCGGCCUGCCAGCAAACCGCCUGCAUGUAGGAGCAUGGCACUGCAAGACUGGAGCGGACUGCACUCUCGUGCCCUUGCUGUCACCGUCGGGGAGGUCGGCAUCGGCGCGGCGUGAAGAAACAAGUGAUGCGUGCGGGUGUGUUGUUCAUGCGGUCGUGCGCACAUGCUGCUCGUGCAUUCUGCCUGAGAGAGUGAGGGAGGGGAGGCUGGGACUUCAUGGUGGACUUGUCCUGGUUGAAAGUCCGACAGCACAAAUAAAUCGCUUCCCAGACUUCACAGACGAAACGACUGCUGUGACAGCUGAAGCGGAAUGUUUUGAGAAAAACAAAAUUAACAUUGUGCGACGAAUGUCAAAGGUCAGAACAUUCCAUCUAUUGAGAACAGACAGAUGAUGAAGGAGUGUGAAGAUCGUGUGGACGUCCAGUCUGUGUGAACUGAGUCCGCCCACGGUCACCUACAUCACCAUGGAGUGCCUGGCAGUGAACCAGCAGAGGUUCGCCUCGGUGAUCGAGAACAUCAACCGAGAGCUUAACCAGAAAGGCUACCUGGUGGGAGCUGCCGGAGAGGACAUGGUGACAGCAGCCGACAUGCCAGGCGCCGCCUCUAAAGCCGCUUUGCAGCAAAAACAGCUUCUGAAAGACAUGAGAGCACAAAACUUUGAUGUUAUUCGGUUCGCAACCUAUCGAACGGCCUGUAAACUCCGCUUCAUUCAAAAACGGACUAACUUACAUCAAGUAGACAUCUGGAAUAUGAUUGAGGCUUUUCGGGAGAAUGGACUCAACUCCACUGAUGCCCACAAUGACCUAGGAGUAGGGCGGUUGGAGGCAGUCUUGACAACCGUCUUCACCCAGCUGAACAAGCGGUUACCUGUGGCACAGCAGAUCAAUGUGGAGGAGAGUGUGGGGUUAACCCUCAGCUGGCUGCUUAACACCUAUGAUAGGGAAUCCAUGGGACAGGUUCGCACAUUUGCAAUUAAAGUUUCCCUGUCUCACAUGUGUGCAGGAAAACUGAUAGACAAGUUGAGAUACAUCUUCACUCAGAUCUCAGACUCUAGUGGUCACAUGAUCUGGAACAAAUUUGAUGAGUACUUGCGGGAGUUGCUGGCCCUGCCCACUGCCAUCUUUGAAGGCCCUUCAUUUGGAUACACAGAGUCUGCCUCCCGCAGUUGCUUUGAUGUGAACUCAAGGGUGAAUGUGAAUGAUUUUCUCAAUGUAAUGAUGGCAGUGCCUGGGCCACAGUACUUAAUGUGGCUACCUACGCUGACUCGCAUGGCUCAGGUAGAAUCAGUCAUCCAUCCUGUUCAGUGUGAGGGAUGUCACCGAGCUUCCUUCACUGGAUUCCGCUACAAAUGCCAACAGUGCUUCAAAUAUAACCUGUGUCAGGACUGCUUCUGGAGGGGACGCACAUCUGGCAUUCACAAUCCUGAUCACCAGAUGAAGGAAUACACAAGCUAUCGGUCUAACACAAAACAGUUGGGUCAUUCUAUAAAGAAGUCAUUUCAGUGUGCACCUCACCAGACCAACCAUAAGCUACCCCACUUUCCAGAAGCUCCAGAAAAGACAAUUGACUUGUCUCAUAUCGUACCUCCAACACCUGUGCCACUUCACAAUGGGUUUGGUGACCGAUCCAUUUCCCAGUCAGCAGACCUCACCUCAAUAGACAGUAGUUCCAACACACGAAGCCCUGGAAAGUUCAGUGCGAGUGUUGACUCUUGUCGGAUAGAUGAUGAACAUCGUUUAAUAGCCAGAUAUGCUGCUCGACUGGCUGCAGAUAGCCACAAUGCUUCCCGCAGCCCGACGGAGCUUCAUUUCAAUCUGGAUUCCAGCAGAGCGCAAAGAGACCUGGUGGCGCAACUGGAGGCUAAGAACAGGGAGAUCAUGCGAGAAAUUCAGCGUCUGCGCCUGGAGCAGGAAGCCUACGCCAAUGAGAGCAGCGCCACCACCACCACCACGACCUACAACCCGACUUUGCUGGCCGAGCUGCGUCUGCUGCGACAGCGGAAGGACGAGCUGGAGUCGAGGAUGUCGGCAUUGCAGGAGAGUCGCAAGGACCUCAUGGUGCAGCUGGAGGGCCUUAUGAAGCUGCUCAAGAAUCACCCAACUUCUCCACGAUCUACACCCAAUAGUUCACCCAGGUCAAGGUCAGGACUCUCGCCAACCUUUGCCUCGGCUGCUAUGGGAGCUCAGCCCAGUCUUCGCAGUUCUGGUGCAGUUAUUCCCAGUCUAGGACCGAGCCCAGUGGUCGGGGUUGGAGCAGCUGGGGCGUCAUCGAGCACACCAGGAACCCCGCUGGAAACCUCGCUGACAGGGGUUGGGGGAGAUGUUCGGCAGGCAUUCCAAGGCCCAUCACUCUCAGCAGCUCACACGCGGAGUCUGCGAAAUGAUUUGUUAGUGGCUGCUGAUUCUGUUACCAAUGCAAUGUCUUCACUGGUGAAAGAGCUAAAUUCUGAGAACAGUGGAAGUGACAAUGAAGACGAUCACUUAAAUGGACAAAUGGCAGAUCUGAAAUUUGAAGAUGAUACUCUUUUGAGAUCUUGUGGCACUGAUGAAGUUGAGUCUUGGCGGGAUGACCUGCAAUGGCGACUGAAGCAGGAGUCUGACUUUUUGGCACAGCUACGUGCUCGGCGACAGCGCAGUGGCACAUCCAGCCAAACUACUAGUGACAAUGAGCAGGAUGGAUGCACAGCCAUGGAUGAUGCAGAAUCUUAUGUCCGCACAGACGACGAAAGCGUUCUGGCAACUGAUGAUGCAGAAUCAUACGUAAGAACAGAUGAAGAACAGAGUGUUAGUUUUAAGACAGAUGAGGAAGCAGAACUUUAUGAUGGAAAUCCCAAGGAAAUGACAAACAGUAGAUACACAACAGAUGAAGAAAGUUAUCUCCAGACAGACGAGGAAUCCUUUAUCCGAACUGACGAGGAAGAUGGGGGCAACACAGACUGGGAGGAGUCAACACAGCGCUGGGUCAAUCGAUGACAAGCAGGACAUCUCCAUAAAAUCUUUGAUAAAAUACACUUCAGACUUACAAUUUUGCUUACAUCAGCAUCAGUACAUCACAGUGAAAGGAAUGAUGGAAUUUCUUGUAAAUGGUGUAAAGAAGUGCUUCUUUCUCAUCUGACCUUUGAGUUCAACCAUCAUUACAGGAGACGUUGAGAAGGGCUUGCCUUCCUAUGUGCUAAAACAGUGAUGUACUUUGAAAACUGCAUAUCCUUUGACUGCCACUGAGCAUUUCAUUUCCUGGAUUUUAAGAGAGAAGACAUGCUUGGCAUGAAAUCACGAAUUAAGAGUUUUAUCAUGAGAUAGGUGGAAGACGACCAUGCAAAGAUAUUUCCAUGUUUUCUUCUUUCACUAUCUGUUUAAGAAAUAAAUAGAGAUUUCAUUAAGCUACUUGUUUCUUGACAUGUUUCUUUUUCUAUGUUGUCCUUUAGCACCCAUAUUUCUUAGCUGCCUGGAUCAUGUUCCAGAAAUUGACGCUAAGGAGUAUAUAUCUGGAAAUAAGGUGGAAUGUAGAAAGUAGAUUCUAUCUUGAGCCUGUAGUGUGUGAUUUGGUUUAUCAGCUGCUGAGAGAUAAUGUGACAUGAAUGACAGCUUGUUAAUCAAUAAUUCUACUUCAUAGAUCAGUAUACUUUAUCUCCACCACAGUUUUUCAAAUUUGAGCCUCAGGGCUUUUCACCUUUGAUAAUUUUUUCAGCAAGUAUGCUUUUAUUUUCAUCGUUCAUUUGAAAACGUAUAGAAAAGAUGUUAUCAGAGAGUAAAAGAGUUUUGUAGACAAUGAACAUGUGCCAGGCAUUUGCUCAACAGGGAAAUUUUUUUUCUCUUUCCUUUUUUAGGCAGAACAUCACAAGAAUAAGUAUAAUUGAAAAGGUCAUUUUCUUAGCUUUGGUAGUUUGUGUAGAUCAGUGGUUCUUAACCUUUUUUGAGGUACCGAACCCACAAGUUUCAUAUGCGCAGUCACCGAACCCUUCUUUAGUGUCAUCACGAAUUGACCGAACCCUUCUUUAGUGUCAUCACGAAUUGCGGGUGUGUCUUGACUUCCGUGGCGGAGGCUCCGCCGAACCCCUGAGACUUAGUUUUAAAAUCUAUGUCCAGUUUGUUUGAAGGGUUACAUGUUUGUUUAUUUUUUUUGUUGACAGCUGUGUGGAAGAUCUUUCCAUUAUCUCCAUUGCAUAUGGCAUUCGAGUUAUCAUUCGAGUAUCAGAGGUGAAAGCUGUAACAUUACAGAAGUGUAAACACUAAAGAGUGUAUUAUGUAUAAAAAAAAGUUCUCCUUUUUUGUGACUUAACUUACAUCUUUGUAAUGAUAUCUGAUGUCUAAGCGGCUGGCCAUUUUUUAAUCAAGACAUACAGAUGUUUUUUAAGGGAUUCAAGUACGUUUUAGUUAUAAAAUGUUUUGCUUGGAGACUACAUUUUUUCCUUUAAAUUCUUUUAGUGUACCAUGUGCUAUUGUUAAUAUUUAACUCAAUGGUGGAAUCUUGCAUAAGAGAUAAUCAGUCCUCAAAAGUAAGUGUAGUUAUAUGUCUCCUAAAACCUGUGACUCUAAUUGCCAAGAUCAUUAGAGGUUUUUAUUAGAAGGACAAGUAGUUUUAUGUUUGCUGAGUAUUUUACAAAAUUCCAGAAAAGACUUCUUGACCUUAAUAUCAGGAAGUAUAGAUCAACUUUGUUGUCUUGCUCCAUAUAUUGUUGGAAAACUUUUCUUUCUCAAUUUAAUUUGUCGAGCAUUAUUUUGGAAGGGUUUUUCUUGAAUCUAGAGGUCAUUUCAUUGUAUGCCAAUUGCCAUCAAAUAUAUUUGUGUGAAUUAGCAGCUCAAUCCGCUCUGAGUGUGCUGGGUUUGUAGCGAAUCUGGCAAAUGAAGGAGUAGGUGUGGCUUGUAUAUGCAAACAAAAAGUGCUUCAAUCUACAACUAAAUAUUUUGUAUUAUGCAGACUAUAUACUUGGAAAUAACCCAGCUGUAAAAACGAUUUUCUCUCGUUCUUCAUGCUUUGCUUUUACAUAAAUAAUUUAUAAAGCUUUAUAAUUAGUGUUCAGCACUAUCUUUGUCUUUCCUCAAUGUUGCCAAGGAGAAGGCAGAAUUAUGUCUGUUAAAUAGAUGGAUUUCUUAAAGUAUAUGUUAUCAUAUCUUUUAACUAGGUAUUGUUGUCAAAUUUUAACACUGACGGACUAAAAACAUCAUGUUUGGUGAAGAAUAUUGUAAUGUGUGGAGAGAAUAUCAAUAUUAAACGCUUCACUAAAAAGGAUUGAGAGUAGCUGCUGAUGAAGAACAAAGAGAACUGCAAUACUGCUGGGCUCAUCAUCACCAUCUACCUUGGAUAGUACACUGAGGUAUCUUGUCCACUCGGACAUGCCUUUCUGUGUAUAUUGCAAGCAGGACUUAGUGAAAAGGAUCUUCUGAGCUGCAGUAAGGACUAACAGUUUUGCAUCAAGUGUGGUGUGUAAAUGUUAUAUCACAUGAAGGACGAAGCAAAAGCUGUUCUGGAUUAAUGAGAUAUUUUUUUCUGUGUCUGUUUCCAUGUUGCUGUGCUUUUAUUUCACACAACAUUCCAGACAGUCAUGGCUGAUAAGUGGGAUGAAAUUCCUUUUGUGUAGACUGCUACUUCAUGUGGAAGGUGACAUAGGGGGUGUGUUUAUGCUGAAAUUUAGAAAUUAUUUUUGUGUGAAUUUUUCUGUGGCAAAAAGAAUUCAUCUUUGUGUGAGUGUGUAUGAGUGUUUUGUUUUUACAAAAUGCAUUUGUCAUUGUGUGGAUUCCCAAACUGUGAUAAGGAUUUUCUUAAUUAAUGUUUAUCAUAAACGCAUUGUGUAGGCAGUAUAGCCCUUUUUAAAUCUGUAAAGAAUACUAUCUCUUGUUAAAGUAAUUAUUUUGGUAUUUGUCCUCUUUGCAGAUGCGAGUGCUAAACACUAUUGUAAGUUACGGCAAAGAAACACAUUUCUCUUAUGCUUCUCUCUUCAAACUCUCAUUUCUUGUUUACAGCUAAGCAGAAGAACAAAGCUGUUCCUUGUAUAGGAGUGAACCUUUUAUGAGUCUUCAUAAACUGCAGCAGAAUGACUUAAUAUCAGAAGAUGGAAACAGUUUGCUUCACUGUGGUGUCCUCAGAACUGUCAGUCGUCCCUGUCAUUGGGGGGAUCACAUGGAUAGACGCAGCAGCUGACAGGGCCCACCACUCUUGCCUAUUAUGGGCGAUAGCAGGUCCUGUACAGGACGACCAGUCUAGUCUUUGAUAUUCAUAAGCCAAUUCUUUUUCUGGCCACCACAGCAUUGACUACGAGGGGCUAUGGCAUGUACUGUGAAAAUUCAGCAUGAAAGAAGGCCCCGUUCUAGUCACCAAAGCACUAUAUAAUAGCUCAGUGGUUCUCAGUGUGUGGUCCGUGGACCACUUGUGGGCUGCAUGCAUAAGUCAGGUGGUCCGCGGCUGACAGUCAUCAUAUGUCAGCAAAGUGAUGUUUAAAUCAUAAUUAAUCCAGUAUUGAUUUCACACGAGUUUUUAAUUUUAUCAGUGCCCAACUGCUCAUUCGCAAAAAGCACUUACUUACCAAGUCUUUAUAUCACAGCGAGAGCAUUGCGCCAUUUAACUGUCAUCCGAUACAUUUAGUAACGCAAUGCACUUCCUUAUUUUUAAUUGUUAUGUGUUCUUUGCAAAGUAUGUAAUUUUAUAUAAGCUUACUACUACACUAUCACAAAAAUACAUUUAGUUUUGAAUUGCAAUGAACCAAAUGUGGCAAUUUAAAAUUGAAAUUCUCGGUACAUUUUAGGCCUUGGUGGUCUGCUGUAUUUUCUUCUUUAAUAAAGUGGUCCGUGGUCUGAAAUAUUUUAAGAAGCACUGUAAUAGCUAAACAAGUCCUCAGAACAGCCAGUUACCAGUCGUUUAGGAAGGCAUUUCCAUUAACAUGAAUUGUCACUUUUUGGUUUUUACAUCCACAAAAAGAUGUCACUGUAUGGUUUCUCCCUCUUUCACACACAGCCAUGCAUCCAGUAUUGUAGUGAUUCAUAUUGGCAACCAGGUCUUUCUCUAUAUUCUUGUGUCAUCAGAUUUUGCAGUUCAACUUUUUCUUUUAAAGAGUGGAUUCCUUUUGCAGCUGCUUAAUCCCCUUUCCAACCACAAAUUCUCUGCCAUUUGGGAUUUUGAUGAGACACAGCAGCAAAGCUUCAGUUGCUGGGUUACAGGUCUUAUCCACCCUUGCCUAUUUUCAAAUUAAUUUUAAAAAAAAAUCAUUUGUUCUUAUUUUGUCACAACUGCUCAGCAUGUUUUGUCACAUUUUGAUGAUGGGAUUUUAUGCAGCAUUGUUGUCAUUGUGUGUGAUGGCUGGUGUUUCACCACUGAAGACAAUUCAUAAGACAUUCCAGAGACCUGAUUUUGCCUUAUGCAUGGUUUCCCUGUUCUUUAAAAAUUGAAAUGUGGCUGAAAAGAAUUUUGUCACCACCACAUUGAUGUGGCUAGCAAAAUCAGCGUUUCCUAUUUAUUUUAGCAUAAAUUCAAAUUAUCUUUGAAUAUUGUACCAUGUGCCUGCUUUUGCUGAUGGUUAAAAGUUUGCAGAAAGUUAAUUAUCGAUAAGUGAAUGAGGCUAAGAAACUCCCACACAAGCUGCAGUGGGGAAAACGCUCUUUUGUCUGCAGCCUUGGUGGUAGAAUAUAAUCACCCCAUGACUGUGCGUGUGUGAGAGAGAGAGAUUGUGUAUAUGCGGGUGCCCAGUAUUAAAAGUUGAGGAAAAUUGGUUUUGGUGGCUGGUUAGCCCUUCAUGUGCCAUAUUUUCGCAACACCCAUAAAUCCAUGCUUAUGCAUCACUGCAGAUGUCCUAGACUGGGGCUCACAACCAACGCAGACAACUUUUAAAUGAAGCUUUGGAUAUGCACAUCUUUCAUUUGGAGGGAAGAUGUUACACAGGAGUUUGCUAGCAUACUGUCUGCACACUAAUGCUAACAAAUGCAGACUUCAAAAAAUCUUGGUCAGCUUGAAGGUUUCAGCUUAAGUCUUCAGUGUGAAACUGCUAUUUAGAUGUGCAGCAGCUGAUAAAAAUGUUUACAAAAACUACAGCAUGAAGUUCCCAGCUUCACCCCUAUGGCAUAAAUAUUUUGCUGUUUUCCCAAGAUUGCACCUCUGAAACUGAAAAAUGAGGCCAGGAAGGUUGGGGGAAAGGGUUUGAAGGUUUUAAGAUGUGAAACUUGAGAAGCAUUUAGAGGAAAAUUAGCUGUGAGGCACUGGUUCUUUGAGCUGUAAGCAUUGUUGGCCUUGAACGUGAUGCGGCGUUUUGCAUGCUGUGAAGAAUACAUGCUCUAAAAAGCAGAUGUCUUUGUGUUGUACAGACCAUGGUACCAAGAUAAUAUUACCCCAAAUGGACCCCCUGCUAUGACUAAUAAAUUGUCCAAAUCUA